GCUUUCUCUUGCUUCAGUCUUGCGUGUACUACUAUAUAUUCACACAGUCCCUCUUUCUGUAUUUUUCCAUUUCUUUUUUCAACAGGGCAUGUCAACAACCUUAGUUAUACCGAGUGUGUGUUUGUAUGCGCUUGUUUGUGCAGAGCUAACAGCUAAAUUCGGACUGAGUAUUUCAAUCAUCUUCCCCAGAACUACUACUGUAUGUUGACAAGCCCGGAUGGCGGAGAGGGCAGUGCCACAAGAGAACACAGGGAUCAAUACAGGGAUCCAACAGUCCAAUGGUCCAUACCCUGAAGCAACAGCUGAGAGCCUGGACCUUGAGGAUUUGCAUCAACAGGGUGCGUGUGUGUAUGACCUGUGUCCAGGCCCCAGUUCAUCCUGUAUGACCACCAAAGAGCUGCAGCAGCACUGGGGCGCGGUGAAGCACAGACUGAAGCCGGUCAAGCUGUUGUUUGAGAUUCCUUCUGCACGCACCAUAGCGCAGCACCUGUCCAAAUAUGUUGUGUACCAGAUCGUGUUGAUCCGGUCAGGCAGCUACGACUCCAAGCGCGUGUCUGUCGAGCGUCGCUAUAGUGACUUCGUCCACCUCCACCAGCAGCUCCUUGAAGACUUCAGCGAGGAGCUCGAGGAGGUCAUACUUCCCCGGAAACUCCUAACUGGAAAUUUUAACCCCGAGACCAUCUGGGAACGCCGCCUGGCUCUGCGGGACUACCUGGCCCAGCUCUAUGCAGUCCGCUGCGUCCGACAUUCCCGCCACUUCCUGGAUUUCUUCACUGAGCCCGAGCAAAGACGAGCGCACGGCCUGCUCCGAGCGGGGCAGUUUGGGCCAGCAGUCGCUCUACUAGAGACUGUCCUGGAGCUUCAGGAGAAGAUGGGAGGAUGGCAGAGUCCUGUUCUGCUGGUGCCCACGUUGUGUGCCCUCACAGUGUGCCAGAGAGACCUGGAAGAUCCGGAGUCGGCGUUCACCAUGGGCCAGAGGGCGCUGCCCACGGUAAGGCGCUAUGGGUUGAAGCGCUACAGAGGGCCACUGCUGGAGAUGAUGGUGGAUCUGGGAUACCAGUUAGGGCGACCUGUGGCUCAGCUGCAGGAGGAGUUGGUUCAAGUUAGGGAUGCAGAGAGGGGACUGGUGUCUUUUCGCUCCCUUAAGGAGUUGGUGGUGCAGGAGUUUACCUAGGCCUGAUUCAUUUGAGAUAAGCAUGCACAACUUUAAAUUAAGCAUGCACAACUUUAAAUUAAGCAUGCACAACUUUAAAUUAAGCAUGCACAACUUUAAAUUAUCCAAUGACAUCAAUAGGGGUUGUGCAAACACUUCCACUGGGGAGAACAUGUCCUUUAAAGUAUAGACUUUAUUCAGGAAUUCUAGACCUAGCCUUCUUUACCAGGGUUGAGCCAAUUCCAUUUAAAUUCAAUCAAUUCAGGAAGUAGAAAUUCCAAUUCAAGGGUCUUUUCAAUAACAUUUAUGAUGGAGCACUCUUUUGAACAUGUAAAUGCAGACAUGCCCCCUCACCCCAUCCAACUGUUUUCUUUCAAAACUGUAUUUUAAUAAUGAAAGAUACAACUUACAUUUACCCACUUACACCCUCAGGGUCUUAACAUAUAUAUAAGUAUCAAUCAAAUUUUUAGACACACCUACUCAUUCAAGGGUUUUUCUUUAUUUUUUACUAUUUUCUACAUUUUAGAGUAAUAGUAUAGACAUCACAAAUAUGAAAUAACACAUAUGGAAU